GUACCAAAAAAAUCCGAAAGGGCUAAAAUUUGCGGUCAUUGAGUUCCUGUAAGUAAAGCCGAUGAAAGUCUCUACGUGAAAUAUUAAUCUAAUUGUAUCCAAUCUCUCUCCCUCUCUCCAAGCAGAUAUUUUGGGUAAGCAAAUGCCCUUUUCUCUAUCUUAACGUUUUCAUGUUCUUUCAAGGACAAAGCAACGAACAGCAGUUAUGCAAAAAGUGACCCAUCUCUGAUUACUUGCUCAUGAUCAUCGUUUUCUUGGUAAUAACUCUUUCAUGGCUGUUUUAAUACUUUGCUCAAUGACUGCUUGCUGCAAUAGUCUCAGUUACAGUUGCAUUUUAGCUGAUAGUAAAGUUUCUGCUUUUAGCCAUAAAUAUGUCUCCUGUGGAGGUAGAAAGAAUGGAAAUUUGGAGGUUUGGCCAUAUGGGUGUAUGGUGAGUUGGAAGAAACGUAGAAAACAACGAUUGGGUUUCUAUGUGAUGAAAAAUUCAUGUCAAAUGGUGGUGGCAAAUGGAAAAUGCAAAAAUAGUUUGUCUUCUGAGGAAGUUUUGAGAGUUCUCAAGUCGUUUACGGACACAAAAUCUGCUCUUUCUUAUUUUAAGUCAGUUGCAGAGUUGCCCAAUGUUGUUCAUACCACUGAAACUUGUAAUCAUAUGCUUGAAGUCUUGAGAGCUCACAGAAUGGUGGGGGCUAUGUCUUUUGUGUUUGAAUUUAUGCAAAAGCAAAUCAUCAAGAGGGACUUGAAUACAUAUUUGACUGUUUUUAAGGGUCUUGAUAUCAGAGGUGGUCUUCGGCAAGCACCAUUUGGACUUGAGAGAAUGAGAAAUGCUGGGUUCGUUCUGAAUGCAUAUUCAUAUAAUGGGUUAAUCCAUUUGCUACUUCAAUCUGGGUUUUCGAGGGAGGCUCUGGAGGUGUAUAGAAGAAUGGUCUCUGAAGGUCUAAAGCCUAGUCUUAAGACUUACUCAGCUCUCAUGGUAGCGUCUGGGAAGAGAAGGGAUAUUGGAACAGUUAUGGAUUUGCUAGAAGAAAUGGAGACUCUGGGAUUGAAGCCAAACGUUUACACUUUUACAAUAUGCAUUAGAGUGCUUGGUAGGGCUGGGAAAAUCAAUGAGGCAUUUGGGAUCUUGAAGAGAAUGGAUGAUCUGGGGUGUGGGCCUGAUGUUGUUACUUAUACUGUUCUAAUUGAUGCUCUUUGUAAUACUGGCAGACUUGAUCAAGCCAAGGAAAUAUUCUUAAAGAUGAAAGCUAGCAGCCAUAAACCUGACAGAAUAACCUACAUUACUUUGUUGGACAAGUUUAGUGGCUGUGGAGACAUAGACUUAGUUAAAGAAUUUUGGAACGAAAUGGAAGCUGAUGGUUAUGCUCCUGAUGUGGUUACGUUCACCAUACUUAUUGAAGCUUUCUGCAAAGUCGGAAAUUUAGAUGAAGCUUUUGAUAUGUUGGAGGUCAUGAGAAAUCAAGGGAUCUUGCCUAAUCUUCACACUUACAACACAUUAAUUUGUGGACUAUUGAGGGUAAAUAGGGUUGAUGAGGCAUUUGAACUUUUUACUAAUUUGGAAUCUCUAGGCAUUAAACCUACUGCUUAUACAUACAUCCUUUUCAUUAACUAUUAUGGAAAGUCUGGUGACCAUGGCAAAGCUCUUGAGACCUUUGAGAAGAUGAAGGCUAGAGGAAUUGUUCCUAAUGUUAUUGCUUGCAAUGCAUCUUUGUAUAGUCUUGCUGAAGCGGGAAGGCUUGGCGAAGCAAAAGCUAUUUUUAAUGGGCUUAAAAGUAGCGGGCUUGCUCCUGAUUCUGUGACCUAUAACAUGAUGAUGAAGUGCUUGAGUAAAGUUGGGCAAAUAGAUGAAGCCAUUAAGUUACUGUCUGAGAUGCUGGAAGAUCAGUGUGAUCCUGAUGUGAUUAUCAUUAAUUCUUUGAUUGACAUGCUUUUCAAGGCUGGCCGUGCAGAUGAGGCAUGGGAAAUGUUUUACAGAAUGAAGGACAUGAAGCUUGCUCCUUCAGUUGUCACCUACAACACAUUAAUAUCUGGGUUAGGGAAAGAGGGUCAAGUCCAAAAGGCAAUUGAAUUGUUUGGGAGUAUGACCAGACAUGGGUGUUCCCCUAACACAAUAACUUUCAACACCCUCCUGGAUUGCCUUUGCAAGAAUGAUGAGGUUGUUUUGGCUUUGAAAAUGCUAUAUAAAAUGAUGACAAGGAAUUGUAGUCCUGAUGUUCGGACUUACAACACUGUUAUUUAUGGCUUUAUUAAAGAAAACAGAGUUAAGGAUGCAAUUUGGGUCUUCCAUCAGAUGAAGAAGGUGCUUUACCCUGAUUACGUGACUUUGUGCACCCUUCUUCCUGGUGUUGUAAAGGAUGGGCAGAUUAUGGAUGCGUUCAAGAUUGCUCAGGACUUUGUUUAUCAGGAUGGGAUUGAUACAGACAGAUCCUUUUGGGAAGAUUUAAUGGGUGGGAUUUUGAUGGAAGCUGGAAUGGAUAAAGCAGUUCUAUUUGCUGAGACAUUGGCAAGCAAUAAGAUCUGUAAGGAUGACUCUAUUUUGGUACCUCUGAUUAGAAGUUUGUGUAGGCAUAAGAAAGCUGUUCUUGCAAGAGAUUUAUUUGCAAAGUUCACCAAAAAUAUGGGGGUUAUCUCAACACCAGGAGCAUAUAAUUUGUUAAUUGAUGGGCUACUUGAAGUGGAUAUCACUGAAAUGGCUUGGGACCUUUUCGAGGAGAUGAAGAACAUUGGUUGUUCUCCGGAUGUUUCCACCUAUAACUUGUUGCUUGAUGCUUGCGGGAAGUCUGGGAGUAUUGAUAAACUUUUUGAAGUGUAUGAAGAGAUGAUUUGUCGUGGAUGCAAGCCUAAUACUAUAACUCAGAAUAUAGUCCUGUCUGGUCUUGUGAAAUCGAACAACAUAGACAAGGCUAUGAAUAUGUAUUAUGAUCUCAUAAGUGGUGAUUUCUCUCCAACUCCUUGUACAUAUGGGCCUCUUAUAGAUGGACUUCUGAAAUUGGGAAGACUUGAGGAAGCAAAGCAAUUGUUUGAGGAGAUGGUAGACUACGGAUGCAAAGCUAACUGUGCUAUUUAUAAUAUUCUUAUGAAUGGAUAUGGAAAAACAGGUGAUGUGGAUGCCGCUUGUGAGUUAUUUAAAAGGAUGGUUAAGGAGGGGAUAAGACCAGACUUGAAGUCGUACACUAUUCUCGUAGAUUGCCUCUGCUUGGUGGGAAGAGUAGAUGAUGCUAUGCACUAUUUUGAGGAACUGAAGUUAACUGGCCUUGAUCCUGACUUGGUAUCUUAUAACCUUAUGAUUAAUGGGCUUGGAAGGUCAGGUAGGGUAGAGGAAGCUCUCUCCCUUUUUGACGAAAUGCGGAGUAGGGGUAUAAGUCCUGAUCUUUACACUUACAAUUCCCUAAUACUCAAUCUGGGGACUGUUGGAAUGGUGGAGCAAGCAGGGAAGUUUUACGAAGAACUACAACUAAUGGGUCUUGAGCCCAAUGUAUACACCUAUAAUGCUCUAAUUCGAGGGUACAGUGUGUCUGGAAACCCUGACCAUGCCUAUGCAGUCUACAAACAGAUGAUGGUUGGGGGCUGCAGCCCAAACAGGGGAACAUUUGCACAGCUUCCUAAUCAAUCUUGAAAGUUGAAAUGUCUAGAUGCUUAUAUGUUAAUGUUAUACAUGGCUGCUGAUCUCUGCAUACAAAGUGUAAUGGGCUUGGUUAGUCUUGCUGAUGAUUUGCCUAAUGACAACCCCACUAGUAGCCUGACAUCUUCAGCUUCAAUUGUGUAAUAAAUUAAUGAUGAUUUUGCUCAUCCUGGCUAUGGAUGUGCCAGCAUUUUAGCAGUUAAGAUUUUGGAAUUUAUGUUAGCUGGGGCAGUUUGAGCUGUGCUUGAUGCUUCCAUUCAAGUUGCAAGAAAGGUGCAUUUGAAGGUUAUAUGCUAUUGUCCUCGAGACUGUGAAUAUUCCGUGUACAUCAUGUAUGUAAGAUUUUGUGAUGUAAUACAAUGAUUUCAUUAGGUGUAGAUGCCUUUGGCCUACAUUGUCCUUCGAUGUAAAAAGAGAAGAAAAGUAUAGAUCAUACUGUUAUUUGUCAAAUAUGUAUAUGUAAAAUAUUAUUAUCAAUAAAUUCUCUUGGGCUUUUUGAGGCA